AUGACUGACACCAUUAAGCACUGUGAGUGGCUCCGGUGGGUGACUCAGCAGUUUAAGACCAUUGCAGGAGAAGGUGGGGAGAUCAGCCUGCAAGAAUUCAAAACAGCUUUGUGUGUGAAAGAGUCCUUCUUUGCAGAGAGAUUCUUUGCCCUAUUUUACUCCGAUGGAAGUGGCACCAUCACCCUCCAGGAGCUGCAGGACGCACUGACCCUGCUCAUCCAUGGCAGCCCCAUGGACAAACUCAAAUUCCUCUUCCAGGUGCAUGACAUCGAUGGCAGCGGCUCCAUUGACCCGGACGAGGUGCGCACCGUGCUGCAGUCGUGCCUGCGCGAAAGCGCCCUGUCGCUGCCCGACGAGAAGCUGGACCAGCUGAUGCCGGCGCUGUUGAGUGGGCAGACACCACAGCAGCUCCGGGACAAGCUGCGGCGCUUCCCCGGAGUCAUGGAGAACCUGACCAUCUCUCGGGCCCACUGGCUGACGCCCCCCGCCUCCCGCCCACACCCCCGCCGGCCGCACCCGCUGACUCGAGCCUACUGGCACAACCACCGCAGCCAGCUGCUCUGCCUGGCCGCCUACGCAGGCCUCCACAUGCUGCUCUUUGCACUGGCGGCAAGCGCGCACUGGGACCUCGGCACCAGCGUCAUUGUGGCCAAGGGCUGAGGCCAGUGCCUCAACUUCGACUGCAGCGUCAUCGCGGUGGGGCUCUCUGCCACUCUGCUGAUGCUCAGACGCUGCCUCGCCUGGCUGCGGGCCACGUGGCUGGCUCAAGUCCUACCACUGGACCAGAACAUCCAGUUCCACCAGCUCAUGGGCUACGUGGUGGUGGGGCUAUCUCUUGUGCACACCGUGGCUCUCAUUGUGAACUUUGCACUCCAGGCUCAGGCAGAGGACAGCCCUUUCCAGCUCUGGGAGCUGCUGCUCACCAGGAGGCCUUGAAUUGGCUGGGUGCACGGCUCAGCCUCCAUGACAGGUGUCGCUCUGCUGUUGCUGCUCCUCCUCAUGUUCACCUGCUCCAGCUCGGGCAUCCGCAGGAGUGGCCACUUUGAGGCUUUCUGUUGGAUUCACCUGUCCCACCUCCUCGUGUGGGUUCUGCUCAUCCAUCAUGGGCCCAGCUUCUGGAAGUGGCUGCUGGUUCCUGGAAUCUUGUUUUUCCUGGAGAAAGCCAUCGGGCUGGCAGUGUCCCGCAUGGCAGCCGUGCGCAUCGUGGGAGUCAACCUCCUCCCCUCCAAGGUACAGAGGGUGGGUGGCGGAGGCCUUUUUCACCCCAAGAGACAGUUGGUGGGGUAGAACAGUUGGGUACCCUGUCAG